UAUUUAUGAGAACUCUUAGCGGUAAGAUGUAAAAUGUAAAGUAGUUAAUGAAUCACAUUUUGAAUGAACCGAUUCAUCAAAACGAGUCAGGCAUUCCAGGACUUGAAGAUAUGCCAAGAGGAUUGUGGGAAACGGUGGUCUUGACAAGCCAGAACAGAUCCUGCAAUCCAACCUCAGGAAAGACAUGACACACGAGAUCCCCUUUCUCUUCUUAUCGGCGCAGCUAUAAUUAAGUCCUUGGUUUACCGUCUCGCUCUCUCGCUCUCUUUCUCCAGGUGUUCUCCACACAUACUCCAGCUGAACCACCUGCAAACACAGACAGUGCGGAGAAGAACGUUCCUGCCAUGCCCGGUUCCCCAGUGGAUGGAAAGACUCAUUGCAGACCAACCGUCUCCGUCAUGCCUCCUCUACCCUCCGUCAACCCCAGUGGACCUCGACCAGCAGCGUUCUCCACCACAGCAUUGACUAAUGGGAUCAAUCAUUCUCCGCCGAUGCUCAACGCCAUUCCCUCGCCGCCUCAGCGCUACAGCAACGGCCCUUCAUCAUCAUCCUCCUCUUCUCUGGCCAAUCAGCAGCUUCCAGCCACCUGCGGCGCGCGACAGCUGAGCAAACUCAAGCGCUUCCUCACAACCCUGCAGCAGUUCGGCAACGACAUCUCGCCCGAGAUCGGAGAGAGCGUCCGAAACCUGGUGCUGGCGCUGGUGAACAACACAGUCACCAUCGAAGAGUUUCACUCCAGACUGCAAGAAGCUACAAACUUCCCCUUGAGACCCUUCGUCAUUCCCUUCCUGAAGGCGAACCUGCCUUUACUGCAGAGGGAGCUUUUGCACUGCGCUCGAGCCGCCAAACAGACUCCAGCGCAGUAUCUGUCCCAACACGAACACCUCCUGCUCAGCACCAGCGUCCCGUCGCCAGCAGACUCCACCGAACUCCUGCUGGAGCCCAGCGAGAGCAGCAAACGCCACAGUCCUAACCGAAGUAAAGAGAAUGGUUUUCACGAGCGUCCUCCCGCCUCCCUGGAGCCUCCUGCCAAACGAAUCUGCACCAUUAGCCCCGCCCCCCGACACAGCCCCGCCCACCCGCUGCAGCUCCCAGCCCAGAUCCACCCGACUCCGCCCCCUCUGCAGCACUAUGCGCUGGAUGACAUCAGCACACCUCACCUGUACAGAGAGCCACAGCGGAUCCUGGAGCUGAAGGAGCGUCCGCGGCUGACAGGCAGUAACGGAGGCUACCGUGAGGAACCUGUGGACCACAGACUGACGGAAAGAGAGUGGGCUGAAGAAUGGAGACAUCUGGAUCAUGUGCUGAACUGUAUCGUGGACAUGGUGGAGAAGACGCGGCGUUCGGUAAGCGUUCUGCGGCGCUGUCAGGAGUCCGACCGAGACGAGCUCAAUUACUGGAGACGACGCUCCAACCCACACGACGAGGGACGCAAGAACGGAUCGACCGCAGGGAACGUCCCGUUCUCCAAGACACUCAGCCCUCUGUCAGCUGAGGGAGUCAACUCAGACUCUCAGAGGGAUCUUCCCCUGCGCUCCGGCUCUGGAUAUGUGCCUGAUGAGAUAUGGAGGAAAGCCGAGGAAGCGGUGAACGAGGUGAAGCGUCAGGCGAUGGACGAGGUGCAGAAGGCCGUCGCCGAUGCUGAGCAGAAAGCCUUCGAGAUGAUCACCGCCGAGAGAGCCAAGAUGGAGAAAACCCUCGCCGAUGCCAAGAGGAAAGCCACCGAAGACGCCAUACAGGUCAUCAACGAACAGGAGGACUCCAGCGAGUGCUGCUGGAACUGCGGUCGGAAGGCGAGCGAGACGUGCAGCGGCUGUAAUGCGGCGCGAUACUGCGGCUCCUUCUGUCAACACAAGGACUGGGAGCGACACCAUCUCAUCUGCAGCCCGGGACUCCAGACGCAGCCCAAAUCCAUGCCACGCAUCCCGGCCAAAGCUCCGGAGAGUCCAGGCCUGGAGAAGAGCUCCAGAGCGUCCACCCCAGCCUCGUCCUCCUCCACGCCGGACGCCAGCGGACACUGAGAGCCACCACAGCGGGACAGUCACACACACUUUUACAGUUUAUGGACCGGAGGACGUGUUUCGGCAUCGCUUGGCAUGACUCAACCAGUCAUAAGGGUCAUUUAAAUAAAUCAUCUCUCCAUUGAUGUAUGGUUUGUUAUGAUCGGACAAUAUUCGGCUGAGAUACAACUAUUUGAAAAUCUGUAAUCUGAGGGUGCCAAAAAAAUAAA